GUUCCUUUCUUCUUUGCCCUGACAUGAGUGACGCGAAAUCGCUGCAACUCACUGGCACACCGAGUGCCUAACGAUGAUCAUACACUACCAUGGUCAUGUGCGGUUCAGUGAUUCGUUGCAUUAAGCUCGCACGACAAACAGCUCUCGAUACCUACCUGCACCCUAUAGAAUUAUUUCACUUGCAACCUAAUAUCGAGGUGAAGACAAAUCUAGCAUCCGAAUUCUACAUACACCCCUCCGAAGCAACAUGGACAGUCUCAAGCGCGCCCGGGUAAUCAAAAGUGAGAUCGAGAAGAACAUCUCCGUCCUCACGCCUGAGGACAAAAAGGUCAGCACACGCCGCAACGACGACGAAGAUCCUGAAAACGUCGCUAUAAAGAGUCUACGUCAAGAGCAAAAGUGGUCUUGGAACGAGAUCGCCGACCACCUCAACCAGGAGCGCCUUAACAAGGGCGAAGCAGCUAUCUUCACAGAAACGGCCGUCUACAGUCGCUAUGUCCGUAAUGCACCUCGCGUUGCGACAUCUAUCGGCGAGAUCGGUUUUGACCCAAAGGAUUACAUGCACCUUCGCAAUCCGAAUCAGUACACUCAGGCUCAAGGAACAGGAGUCAUCAGCAAGGCGGGUAAGAAGCGCAUCAAAGACUACGACAACGCGACUGAGCUCAAAGCCAACAUCCGGCAGCCAGUCACUGCAGAACUACAGGAUAAAGGUCUGGAGGAGGUAGAAAAGACUGAGCAGCUCAUGAAAGCGGUAGCAAAGUGCGAGCGCAACUUUUGGAAGUAUGUCGCGGAUGAGAUGGAGAGGGCGACUACCAAGAUGUACGAUCCCGAGGAGCUGGCGAGUCGCUUCCAUGCUAUUUGAGGUGGUUGAAGAGUAUGCUCUUCUUCCUGUCAGUGCGCCACGUGCAAGUGAAGCAAUUCGGUGGUAUAUGCGUUAUGGGAAAGGAUAAGGCACUAGCUCGGUCGCGGUAAGCUUAAACUUAGUGAUGGAU